CCGGGUGGGGAAUAUGGUGCUAUGAUUCGCAUGCCGGUAUAAUAUGUUUUGGUUUCUCUUGCAGCAGUGAGCAAUUAUAUACCCGAAAAGAGAGUGUAUCUGGUAAACAGUACAACAUCAUCUAAUUCCCCGCGCCAAUGUGAUGGCCACUGACUCCGUUCCCUCCCUCAGGUGCCUUAGUGUCUUCCGUCCUUUAAUUACCCUGGAACUGCACUUAUGUUGUGUAAUUUGCCACAAGAAAGCUCUCAUUGGACCCCAGUGUGUAUUGUGAAAAGUGCAAAGAUAAGAGGUUUUUGUAUUGCCAAAAAAUUGUGUUUUUGUAUGUUUGUGGUUUAUGUGGUGCCAGCCCUUGACUUGACCCACCUCGUGUGACCUGAGACCCCCCCUUCCCCCAGCCCCCUUCCCUUCUGAUGUCCGAGCCUCAGAUAUGUGAACAGGGCGCCCUUUAACCCCCUCCCCUCUUUCCCUCUCCCUCACCCCUGAUCCUACCAAAGAUGUAGGGAACAGCGGCGCCCUCCCCCUCCCUUCGCCCCUCCUGCUCCAGCAAGGGAAGUCACACGUCUCCCUACUCCGCCCCUCCCUCCCUCCUUACCAUCUUCCCUUCAUUCCCCCCUCCCUUCGAACCCUCGCAGGAUUCCCCCCUCGUCCCCUCCCCUGCCCUCCUCCCUCCCUCCAUGGACGAACCCCUGUGGGAGUGGGGGGAGGCGGGCCCCCCUCCGCCACACCCCCACGUGCCCCAGUUGGUCAGGGAUCUCUUACACGAGGUGGAGAUCGAGCUGUCGCUGUAUGUGGCGGCGGCGGCGCUGCUCUACGCAUUUCUCUUGGUCUUCCUUAACACUGAGUCCUCACGGAUCGUCGAGAAGAACCCGAGGAAGUUCAAGAUCGAUGGCGGAGAGCUGACGGCGAGGAGGACGUUCAUCGAGCACACCAAGGACGAGGUCAAGUCCAUGAAAGAUCGUCUGAACCUGACCAAGAAGGACAGAGACGUCACCGCUAGACAGCCAAUCGACGACAACAGCCCCUUAAAGAUGCCGCAGGUGGUCACUCACGGCUCCACGCGCUACAGCCGGCUUGUCAACGAGGCGGACAGCCCCAACAGCGAGUUCAUUGAGAGAACUCUGGCCCAGCAACAGAUGAUCAUGCAUCAGCAGGACGACCAGCUGGACCAGAUAGCUUCCUCGAUGGGAACGUUAAAGAACAUGUCACGCCAGAUCGGUCAGGAGGUCGAUGAACAAGCUGUGAUGCUAGAUGACUUCGGUCAUGAGAUGGAGAACACUCAGAGCAAGAUGGAGAACACACUUAGUAAAAUGGCUAAAGUCAUGCAUCUCUCCAAUGAUCGUCGCCAGUGGGCAGCAAUAGGCGCUUUAUCAGGAGUGUUGGUUGUAGUUGUAAUCCUCUUCUUUGUACUCUGAAUCCCAAUUGUAUAAAGGCUGCACAUUACUUCAUUUACUAUGGGAAUGAUAUUCUCAAAGGAACUGAUUGCAUACAAUAAUAGGUAAAAAAAAAACAUCCCUAUAAAGCAGACAUUCAAUGCAGUAGAACCCCUAGUUAUUUGCAAUGUUAAACAGUAUAAGAGAUCUUCAGUACUCAUGGUCAGGAGCUUUGUGGUUCUGUUUAUUUAUUAUUGCUAUGUUCUAGAAAGCUUCAGAAAGGGCCAUGUGUGUAAGUAGUUGUGUAGAAUCUGUGCCAAUGAGAGAUAGGCAUAAAGUUUAUAUUUGUUCUCAAAGAAUUCUUUAGCAUAACAGAGUAUUAUUUUUAUGUGAAUUUUCAUCAUACUUGAUUUUCCCAAGGAAUAUAAAACUCAAGUCGACUCGAGACAUGAUGUGUGAAGGAGGAGAAAGAGCAGUGAAAGCACAGUGCUUCAUCAGCUUAAAAGGUGUUGAUGAUGGAUAUUUGUUUCUUAAGCUUGGUUCUCAACCGUGAGUAGUGUGUAAAAGCACUGAUUUUAUUAAAUUGCAGUGAAAAGAGUGAGGGACUACUGCACAUGUUUUGAAACUGUCUAAUUGACACUGAGAGGUUAAGGGGUGGGUGCUUAAGGUUCUUAUGUUUAAUGAAAUAUGGACAGUAAGUGCAAUAUAGCUCAAAUAUUGUUAUAUUUACUAUUAGAUAGUUUCCUAUCCAUAUACGGAAUAUAAUUAUGCUAGCCAAAUGGUGCAUUUACCAGAAUGCAUAGUGGGAUUUUUUCUGCAAAAUUGAUUAGCAAAUUGUCUUCCUUAAUACACUUCAUUACUAUCAAGUUUAUACAUCCACACUAAUGAGCGCCUUAGCACUCUAAUGUCCACUGAAUUGGUCCAUCUUGAUGCUACAUUUGGUGCAGCUGUUACCACAUCUAAUUUCUUGAAUGCUGACAGGAAUGAAGGUAGUUCCAUUUUUUACUUUUACGUCUAAUAAGGAACAGAUCAAGACUUAAUGUAAUAUUGUAGAUGUGGUUAUGGAAGUAAAUGGUGCAAGGGAGGUGCUUUUAGAAGCUGAUUGUUCUGUGAUUGCAGUUUAAAAUUAAUUGCAGCUGCUAUUGAAGUGAUAGUGGAUAUUUAUUAGCGAGUUUGGUUCAUCAAAUAUGCAGAUACACUGAAAAUUGAUUAUGUAAAUUGAAAAAUGAUUAGACUGGUAGAAUGAUAAAUUUUGAAUUGAUAAUAGUAAAGUUAAUUACACACGUGAUAUAUAUUUAGCUCAUAUGCAUGUCUGCACUUCGAGAAAUAUUUUUAACUUGCCAAAUUAUACUGCAAGAUAUUACUAAAUUUUAUGAUUCAGGGUUUUAAAAUUAACCUCACUUUCAAUAUUACUACAACAUAAAAAAAAAAAAAAAAAGAGUUUGAGAAAGCCACUGAAAGAAUGCAUGGCAUCUUGUAGCUGAUGAAAUUAUAGGUUCAAACAACAAGAGAGACAUUUUUCAAAGGAUGAAUGUCAUUCUUUUUUCAUCUGAACAUUUGAGAGCCAUCUGUUAUCUCUUUUAAGCUAACCUUUGACAGAGAACCAUGAAAAUAGAUAACAGUGCUAAGGUAUUAAAAAUAGGACUGGGUAAAGUAUGUGCAAUAUCAACAGCAAAAUUAUUGUUGCUGUGUAAAGUUUGUGGUCCAUGAAACAAGCAGCUUUAGGUGGGAUUUUGUCUUUUUUGUUUUGCUCUUUUUCACCAAAUAUUAAGUAAUAAAAAGAAUGUUAUAACUAAGAUCGUCCAGAUACCUGUGCCAGUUCUAGAUGCUUUUUUCCAAUUUCUAGGAAGAAAAAUUAUUAUGAACAAAAUACCUUAUAUAGCCAUUAUGAUGGAAUGUUUUUAUUCUAGAAUUUUUACCUUGGUAGGAAGUGUUUUUAAUUAUUUGCUUCCAGAAACUUGCCAUUUUGAAGAAUGGAAUAGAAUUGCAGUCUUGUUUUGGGCCAUUUAUGAUGAUUCCAACCUCCCUUCAAGUGAUUUCCACCACCAAUGAGAGUAUCAACAUUCCAAUGUUUUUUUUAAAUUCUUUUCCGUUUUUAAUGCAUUACCUUGUGCAGCCGCAAAUCUUUAUCACCAGUCGUCUUUUAGUAUAGGCCAUGGCAGUGCUAUAUAUGUAUAAUAUACAUCAGAUUUAAUGCUUUUAUAACAGUCUAUCCUUUAUUUUCAUGUUUUAAGGUACUUUUCUUUUUAUCUCUUGGGCCUAGCUUACAAGAGUAUUUUAUAUCUUUGUUUAAGGAUUAUUGUAUAGUUCCUUUAUUAAUACUAUUGCUUACAAUCAAAGGAAAUGUCAUUAAGUUAUAAAGCUCAUUUUAUAAUCAACUUAAUGCUUCAUGCACUGGAAUGUAAAAUUUAUUUUUAUUUGUAUAGGUUGUAUAUAAACAUAUUUGUAAUUCAUGCUGCCUGUAUGGAUAUUACCAAUCUAAAAAAUGAAUAAUUUUUCACAAAUCCCGCAUUAGUCUGUACAAAAGCCAUUUCUAGACACUUACACAAUAUAAUUUCAUGGAAUGGUAGCUGGGGGAAGUUUAAUAUGACUCGUGUAUUAUAUAGUCCAAUUUAAAAUUUUGGUGCGUAUAACACCAUUUUCAUUCAGAUACUUCAAUAACAUUGUUAUAUUUAUUAUUUAGUCAGUAUCAUGUAUGGAUUCAUCCCAUUCAUUGUAAAUGAAAAUAAUUGACUUGAGAGUUCCAGUUAUUCUUCAGAGCUCUGCACAUGCUGCCUAGUGCUUGCAUAAAAUAUCCAGAAGCCCACCUUCAUAUAGCUCUUCAUUGAUAAUGGGACUAAUAUCAUUUUAAUGAGAAAUCUGGUAAAUUUUUUGACCUGUAUCAAAUAUAACUGAUCUUGGAUCAUUAUUGUAUAUUGUAUACAAUGAAUAAAAUACAUGGAAAUAUUU